GAAGAAAACGCUGAGGGAACAGCCAUGCCUGAUCCAGUGAAAGCACCGAAGAAGGGCUCUAAGAAAGCCGUCUCAAAGAGCGUCACCAAGAGCGGCAAGAAGAAGAGAAAGACCAGGAAGGAGAGCUAUGCUAUCUAUGUGUACAAGGUCCUGAAGCAGGUUCACCCUGACACUGGUAUUUCCUCCAAGGCCAUGCAGAUCAUGAACUCUUUUGUUGGUGAUAUCUUCGAGCGCAUCGCCGGUGAGUCUUCUCGCCUCGCUCACUACAACAAGCGCUCCACCAUCACCUCCAGAGAGAUCCAGACCGCUGUCCGUCUCCUGCUGCCCGGUGAGCUGGCCAAGCACGCCGUGUCCGAGGGAACCAAGGCCGUGACCAAGUACACCAGCUCCAAGUAAACUUUGUGUACUCUUAACAAGACAAAGGUCCUUCUCAGGGCCACCCACUGCUUCAUCUAAGAGCUGCAUUCUUCGUUUUUAUAUUCAUAUUCUCUGGUGUCAUUAAUGAGCGUGUAGUUUUUACGUUUAAAGCGUUUAGUAUAGUCAAGUACACGUCAAGUAACUGUUAUUCCAUGUACUUCUAUACCAUUUCACGAAUAGAAGACAUUUAAAGAAUAUAUUUAUGAUUAAAGUGACAACAUGAGAGUUAAAUACUUAGUGCGACUCUUCAAAAGAUCCUAUUUCCAAGUUUUACUUUUUUGGGGGGUUAUCUUCUUCUACUAAUCUUUCAUAUUUAAAAAAUUAGUGUGUGACUUAGUGAGAAGUCUCGUUAAGGGUAGCAAAUCUAACCCUUACAUUAGAUCCUGUCCUGAAAUUCAGACAGGACAGGAUUGGGGUUGAUUUCACUGGAUGACACUGGGUCGUGUUAUUGCACAGUAGUAGAUUUGACGUGUAAUAGGAAAACAGCCUUUCUGUGUCCAUUUGGUGGUUGUCUUUUCAUGCUGUCUCACAGAAUUCCUUUGAAACAGAACUUUGGCUUUAUAUGAGAACAGACACUGCUCUCUGACCGGUGUAGUCCAGCAUAUUAAAUACACUGGAUUAAGACUGUGGGAGUUUUAUUAGUUUGUUUAGAAAUAAGAAAACCUCUGACAGACAUAUAGACAGAAAUAAUGUCAGUUCAAAUUUCAUGUACUGUUAUGUAAUCUUGUCAGAAUAAUAAUCCAUUAAAACUAA